AUGGAGAGCUCUGCCAAGAUGGAGAGCGGCGCGGGCCAGCAGCCGCAGCCCCAGCCGCCCUUCCUGCCGCCCGCAGCCUGCUUCUUCGCCGCGGCGGUGGCUCAGGGAGCCCAGCAGCAGCAGCAGCCGCAGCCGCAGGCGCCGCAGCUGAGCCCGGCGGCCGGCGGCCAGCCGUCGGGGGGCGGCCACAAGCCGGCGCCCAGGCCGGCGAAGCGCCCGCGCUCGUCCUCGCCGGAGCUGAUGCGCUGCAAGCGGCGGCUCAACUUCAGCGGCUUCGGCUACAGCCUGCCGCCGCAGCAGCCGGCCGCCGUGGCGCGCCGCAACGAGCGCGAGCGCAACCGCGUCAAGCUGGUCAACCUGGGCUUCGCCACGCUGCGCGAGCACGUCCCCAACGGCGCGGCCAACAAGAAGAUGAGCAAGGUGGAGACGCUGCGCUCCGCCGUCGAGUACAUCCGCGCGCUUCAGCAGCUGCUGGACGAGCACGACGCCGUGAGCGCCGCCUUCCAGGCCGGCGUCCUGUCGCCCACCAUCUCCCCCAGCUACUCCCACGACAUGAACUCCAUGGCCGGCUCCCCGGUGUCGUCCUACUCGUCGGACGAGGGCUCCUACGACCCCCUGAGCCCGGAGGAGCAAGAGUUGCUCGAUUUCACCAACUGGUUCUGA